ACUUCCGCUAGGGUUGAGAUAGUGAACGUUAAAACAUUGAAAGUAAAACCAUUUACGUUUGAGGUUUGGAUCCCUAUUUUUGGCCGUUAAGGUACGUCUACUUCCGCUGUAUUAUGGAAAUAUACUGAUGAUAUUCCGGAUACCCGUUAGUGAAACUUGGAGAUCAAUUAUUUGGACUACCAAAUAUGCAGAAAGUAGCUGAAUAUCAAGAAUCACAUCGGAUAUACAGCAAAAUUUGGAAGUUGCCAAAAUAGGCCCUCACGAAGUCCAUAACGAGAAUGCACGUAUAUCUUAAAGAUGGAAAUCAAAGGCGUUGGGUUACCAAUGUUCAUCUUCAAGAGGGUUUUAGUCCCUGUAUUGGCAAUGGAGCCAUGAAGAAAUCGUGUGCAGAUGUGUCGAGACUGGAGCCAGCAAUUUGGUUCAAGGUUCUUUUACUAGAAUCAGUAUCUGUUGACUGUGGAAGAAGGAUAGUCAGCUGGUCAACUGGAAGUCACCCUGAAGAUGCAGACUUGCCUAGUCAAAGGACAUGUUACAUGGAAGGAGAGUGUUAUGAUUAUGAUGCAGACAUAGACGAACUCUUCCACUUGGCUGCAAAAGUUAUUUGCCCAGCUGGUCACGAAGAGAAUGGAGUCUCACAGCCCUCAGAUGAAGAUUAUGAACAAUGCCUUUUACGCAUGCUUCACUGCUACAUCCUACCUAAGAUAACCUUACACAAGGAUGACUUAGACAAAGUAAUGAAUGCCAGAGAAAAGCAGGCUCAAAGCAUCCAGGAACUAGAUAGGAAGGUCAUUGAUGAAUGUAAAACCAUUGAUGCUUGUGAGCUACACAUGGAAGAUUUACGCACUCAGUUUCUACCUGACCUGGAGAAAUUUAUUCACCGCGGCUGGUGCUCUAAAGGGUUUCUUGAAGUACUCCUUGAGGACAUUGGUAAAGAAGAACCAAGACUACGAAAACAGAUUGACAAGGCUCAAGAUCAAGUGCAACAUGCUAAAACUGUGAUAGCACAGAAACCCUGUGCAGCAUCUACUGAACAGCUUAAGGCAGCUAGAGAACAGAGAAAUGGAGAACAAGAAAAGCUUGAAGCCCUGCUAUUGACAAGAGAACUCAUUGUUGCUGCUUCUCGUCAGGCUGAAACUGGUGGAGGAGUUGUUGCUGGACAUCACUUACUAAAGCAGUACUUGGAACAAAGGGAGACACUCACUAGUCUCAAACAAAGCCGCAACAGACUUCUAGAACAGAAGAAUUGUGCUUUGAGUGUAAGAGAAAUGUUGGAUUCUGCCAUGAAAGAGCUGAUUGACAAAGGCUACACUGAUGCAAAUGAUGCAAAUGCUUUAGGAUCUCGAGCAACAGAUGUCCUUGAAGGAGUUUGGAAGCCAGAAUGGCAAAGACUGGGUGAAAGAAUUGCUACUCUGGUGAACAAUGAGGAGCAUCCAGUUGGCAACCAUUUCCAAAAGUUUUGCCAAAGGAUCCAAUCACUCUGUGAAGAGCUGCUUACCUCUGGAAGAUUCAGCAGCUCUGAAGAAUUUACCCCUUCAUGUUCACCCUUUGGCAAGGCCUGUGCAAUUCAGUAUGAAUCAUAUGGCAUGGAAGAUUUCAUGACAGAUAAUCAUAGGCUCAAACUCCAAAUGUUACAAUCUGAAAUUUUGAAAGGGUUGGAAACUGCAACAGAACUCUUGUCUGACAUCUUUAACAACAAGGAUGUGCAUUUUAAAAACAAAAUAAGGCUUUGCUACGAGCAGUGUUUUUAUGAGAAAGAGCACCACUUUUUGGCUUGCGUCUAUGAACUGGCUCAUCAUGAACAUGUGGACAAGCUGCAAGGGGAUGUACAAAGGCUCAGAUGCCUCCCAAUAAAGUUUUUGAAUUUGCCAAUGAAAGAUGAGUGGUGGUUGGAGCUAUUUGAGCAACGAUCACUCCAGGCAAGUACAAACUCGGGACAUUAUCGUCCAUUUACAGAAGCAUAUAUGAAUGGCACAUUAUUAGACCAGGUAGACCAUGGUUUGAGUGGUUCUUAUGACAUGAUUGAUGAAUUAGAUGACUUAGUAGACAACACUACAGACACUCAAAAUGGCAGGCACAUAGAAGACAUGGAAUCAUUCAGAAGCUUGUUCAUCAGUGCUAUUCGUCAUCGCUCAAAAACCGUGGCCGUAGAUGAUGUUGAAAAACCUCUUGACCAACCCAACACAGGGCCUCCCAAGUCAAGGAAUUCUUUUGAGGGUGCUUUAAGUUGUAGUGCGCCCACAAUGGUUCAAAUCAUUGAUUUAUGGAAGACAGCUAAGUGUGAACAAAGUUAUGACAGUGUUGAUGGAAGCCUGGAGAUGAAGCCUUGUUUAAACAGGACACUUUCUAAAAGUGAAAGUAAUCUAAGCAGAAAGGACAGCUCAGUUUCUGGAGAAACUUUUGAGGACCACUUUGGUCCUGCACUUCAAAAUAUCAAAGACAUUUUCAAGGUCACAAGUCCUUUAAACAAACUGAAAUGCCUGACAUCAUCCCUCCGUAAAAUAACAAAUGCUGUUCAAGAGCUGCGGAUGCAGAGUGGACAAGAUACCUUCACUGCAGCUGUAAAUGCAGAGGAUCUUUUGCCUCUGCUGGUCCUGAUGAUGCUCCAAAUGGAACCUUGGGAGGUUGCUGCCAUGUGGCCUCAACUGGUAUUCACAGAGAACCUAAUGGCACCCUUUUUGUCAUCAGGAUGUCAUGGCUGGGCCCUGGUUGAAUUUCAGAUGGCCCAAAGGGUUUUAAAUGAUCUUUGUAAUGAAUUCUAAAGAUUGCUUUUUGAGGGGAUAUGAGGAAAUGAAAAAGGUCUAGAUAACUUUUGAUACACAUUAACUUCUCCCUUUGUUUUCAAAGAAAUACAUGGUAGGAGAGAAUUUGAAAGGAGAAUGUGACAUUCUAUCAGAAGUCACACAAGGCUUUUUUCCAUGCAUCCCUACAUUUUAAAGUAUUUUGAAUAAUCAAUUGUACUAACCAAGUAUUUACUCCCCUUAUCUGAUUUCUAAUUCUCCCUUCCAGUAAAUAUAUAUUUUGUUGUUAAUUAUUUGAUGGGUAAUUGCUUAUUUUCAUAACUUGUCUUUGAAAGUAAUUACUAUUAAGAGGUGAAGGUUUUUUCUACAUCAUUAUAAUAGUGAAUAAAUUAUGACAGCAAUCAUUGCUUAUGAUUAUUUAUUACUAAUUUUGCAUCUGUUCCUAACCCUAGGAUAAUCAUGACCAUGCAUCGUGAUUUGUCUUUUUAAUGUGACAGAGAUGUCUUUUGUUUCAUGGAAACAAUUUAAAUCAGAUUCAUUGGUAUUUUCAAUGAUUGUAAACACUAUUAGCUUACCUCUUGAUGUUAGUGGUAAUGUUAUGUACAUAGAAACUCCAGAGUUACAGACAGUAGGAAACAUGUAAUUUGAGGCAUUACUAAACGUUCAUGUACAUGCAGAGUAAUGUGACAUGUAUUAGGAAGUUUCUUUCUUAAUACUCUCAGAUCCAAACUAUUUUCAUAAAUCCCUAAAACUUUGUGGAAUGGUUAUUCUUUAACCCUUUCCACCCUAACAUCAGUAAUGUAUCCAUAUUCUCUGAACGCUUCUUUAUUCAAUUCCUUUGAGAAGGAAUAGAGGAGAAUUUGUUUAACAAUCAAAACUUUUGUCAGGUUGGCAAUCAUUUAUGUCAUUCUCAUGAUUGUAAUGAAUGAUUCAGAAGUAUUACUGUAAGGAGGAAUAACAUGCUGGUCACUCAAAGGGAUUAAAGGGUUAAGUUUCAUCUUGUA